AUGGGGGAGAAUCAUCCCAGAUCUCCAUGCGAGGGCGGAGGCGCUAACAUGGUUGGAACUCAGCUCUGUGCAUUGAGCACGGUAGGAAUAGCACCCAGCGGUCUUGCACUCGGUCGCGUCGAACGAACACAGAAACCUGCCACCUCUCGAACCCCUCAUGAUCAGCCACUUGCCCACACCCAACCCACCGAUGUCCGGCCACAAACCUCGCGACCGGCCGGGCCCAAUGCGGGCCGGGGUUGGGCCCUCGACCAGGACAAGGAUGCGGACCUUGCGCGUGCGCACCAGAAUUCAGACCUCCGAAGAGCAUCGUUGUCUUUUAGCGCUGCGAGGCUUCGACGUCGGGGUCAAACCUUGACCAGUCCGCCGUUGCGAAUUCCGGAGAAUGAACCGGCCGAUUCCCACACGCGACGGCCAUCCACUGGUUGGUUACGACGGCUGUCAAUAGCUUCUUUCCAGACAGAGACUCCCUCGGCCAGCAGCCCCGUGACGCCUUCAUUUAACGGUUCCGCAAGCCCAAUUCUCCCCCGUCCGUCCAGCCAACGGAGAGCGCCAAACAAACUAGUCAAGCGCUCGCCCUCCCAACAUUCUAACUCCCAUCCUCUCUUUGUCAACACCACUUCCUCCCCGUCCUCAUCCGCAUUACGCAGACCGGCGACCAGCUAUCAGAGGUCGGAGUCCAUGCGCCUUCAGUCCCCCUUGGCCACGGAGUUUGCCUCUCGUUUCUCGGAACGCUUUGAUGUGGAAUCGCCCGCGGUGGGCGAUUUCGACGUCGACAAGCGGGACGAAUGGGUUUCAUACCUACUGCCAAAAUCCGAGAAAUUCUCAGAGAAGCUGGCCCGCAAGCUGCCUACUGCAGGAGGCCCCAAUGUGCAAGGGAUGGGACGGAUCAUCUCGAAUCAUGACACACUACCGGCCUUGGUUCUAGCUUCAGCUAUCACAACCAACACCACAACGGCACCUCGGGGAAACCAUUCUGUACCGGAAACCCCAGUUGACUUAUACAACCCUUUUCAAGCUGCCAACACUUCUUCUGAAAGGCCAGUCGAAAGGCCGACUCACAAACACUCGUACUCUCUCAAUGAUGCCAAUCCGAAAAACACCAUCGUGACCAACACGGUGACAGCUUCGGGCACACCGAUUCCAGGACGGCCCCGUGGUGGUUCGUUGAAACGCGUGAAGGGAAGGACAUUCUCAAUCCCCCGUUCAGAGCUCUCCCUAGGAAAGUCUGUACCAAGUUCACCACAGCCGCUGCAACGGCGUCACGUCACCGAUCCCACCGUUUCCCAUCAUCCACAGGCUGUUCCGCUGUCCGACUGGGCUUUGGCUGCACCAGAUAACAGAGGUUUUCGAGCCGCUCCUCGGUCAGUAUCUCACGAUUACAAUAUUGGACUUCGUCGACAGCGUCCGCUUACGUCGGACGCGGUCACACUCUCUACGUGGCAACAUGUCACUCGUCCUGAGAGCUAUACCUACUCUUCUCUCCGCCGUCGACCUAAACGACAUUCAAUUGCCGCAUCGGAUCCCUCUUCCACCAUUAUCGGCUCCGAUGAUACGCGGGUCUUCACGUCCAGUGAUGAAUAUGAAACCGAUAUCAUGAGUGAUUAUUGGGACUCCGUUCGCACUCGCGAGACCAGCACCAGCGGUCUGAAGGGCCUGUGCAUUGAGACGAUGUUCGACAAGGCAGGCGCGCAGCUGUCCGAGGAGGAAGUCGCAACGCUGGAGGAGCUCCUCCCGCGUGGCUCUUUUGCUUCCCGAUCAUUAGAAAAGGAUCCCCAGCUCUUCACCGACACCCUUCUUGCCUCGCCUCCCUUGCCCCCGGCUCCGAUGAAUGACAAUGCGUCAGUUCUGUCCGACGUGCCAGACGAAGAUGCGUGCAGUAUGAUUGGGGCCCUGCCUGGCGAACCCGAUGGCCCUUCGUUCCCGUCACCGAUAGCAUAUUCAUCAUCAAGCAAUCCUGAUGCACCGGAAUCCCAGCUCUCUGUGGUCAAGAAUCCCCCGGAUUCGUUGGUUGAUGUGUCAGGGCCAAAUCAGAAAAUGAACAUUUUUGACUGGUCUGAACAGGCACGACCGGAUCGUGACAUGUCAGAUUCCGAGACCCGGCCCAGAACCGUGCAUGGUAAACAAAUUGGUGUCAAUCGAGGGAGCCGCGCAGCGUGUCGAAAAGCACCAUCGACUGUCCACCUUCGCAGCCAAAGCGUUCCGGUGGCAAGAGACCUUCCGGCGAGUGAUUCUCGUCAGAGUUCCGGGAAAUUUGGUACCUGGGGCUUGGGUAGCAAAGGCGUCAGUGAAGACUGGGACAGCGAUUUUGACUUUGAUGACACAGAAGAGGUGACCGCAAGCCAAGAUCCAAAGCCGGCGGACGCGGCCAUCGCAACCCAAAGCAUGACGGUUCCACGGGCCAUUCUGGAGCGCCAAGCAAGCCUUCGUGGUCAAUUUGGACAGGUCCAGGAGCUGACAUUGCUGGUGGAAGAGCUCAAACGCUUGCGACAUCAAGCCGGCGUGUUGGAUCUUCUGAGUGGCCCCUCCAGUGAACUGUGGAAAGAAGCGGAAGGCAUUGUCAAUCUUGCUACGAUUGAUGAAGAAGACGAUCGCCGCUCCCCUCCAGGGUCACCCUCCUCUCUCACUUUCAGUUUUGACGAGUCUGAUGAAGAGGGCAUCAAUGCGUCCAAGCGAAACAGCGAAGGCUCAUGGCAAGGCAUUUCACCGCGAGAACGGACCCCUUCCAAUCCACCAUUUGAGCAACAGCUUUCCAAGGACUCUCCCAAGUCAAAAUCUGUACUCGAUAUCCUUCAGCCCAAGCGCAGUGAUCACUCAUCCUUUCCCGAGCUCAACCCAGCCCCGCGCAGCCAGAAGCUUCCCUUUGAUACACAAUCACUUCGAGAUCUCGUUGUGCGUGCUGGGGUGGUCACCCGCGCUCUCAAGGAAGUGAUCCGCAAAGCUGAAGGAGUGGCCACCAGUCCGCAAGACAUGUUCCCUUCCGACCCACCCUUUCGACGCAUUUUCGACCAAUCUUCUCAUGAUGACCUGGCCAGUUUCGAGGCUGCAUUGGCCGAGAUGCAGUAA